AUGAAGUUCACCACUGCCAUCGCUUCUGCCAUCCUUGGCUUCGUCGCCGGCUCCGCCACCGCGGCUGCUGUCCCUCGUGGCGCCGAGACCAACGGUAUCAUCGAGGUGCUGUCUGCUGACAAGGCCGACAAUGGCAUCAAGGGCAAUGGCAUCAUCGAGGUUCUCUCCACUGGCGAGGCCAACAACGACAUCAAGGGCAACGGCAUCAUUGAGGUCCUGUCUGCCGACAAGUCCAACGAUACCAUCAAGGGCAACGGCAUCAUUGAGGUCCUUUCCGCCGACAAGAAGGGCGGCUUCGGCGAGACUUGCCACAACCCCCGCCUCGACUCGCGCAUCAUCAACGAGAACCAGCACAUCUACUCCAUCCACGCCACUUGCGCCGACAACAAGGACCAGUGGGUCAAGACUCACAUCCAGCUUAACCGCUGCUUGAAGAAUGACGACGGCGAUCUUGCCUGGGCCAACGUUGGCUACUUCGACGAUUCCUGCAAGGACUGCAUCCUCACCACCAGCAACGAGGACGAGUCGGAGAUCCUCCUCACCUGCACCUGCAUUGGCGCUCGCGACAACCGUCCCACCCCCUCUACCAUCAACCUCAACGAUGGCAUCCGCAACAGCUUUGGUGUCAUCUGGUGCGGCGAGCAGACUGGCUACAUUGAGGAACUACUCCAACCAGAACCAACGCCCCGGGCCCUCCCGCCAUCUUUCAAACUCGUCACCGCAGAGCUCAACAAAACUGCGCCGGCCGCAGGCCCCUCAGACCCUCUGGCCGAAUUCUACCAAAAGGCACUUGAGAUCUAG